UUAUGCCCGAACCAGUCGUCUCAGUCAGUAGUGGCGCUAAUCAUGCCGCAAACCUCACCACAUCGGCGAAAAGUCUUCUGGACUUUGAACAGAAACUUGACAUCAGUUUACUCGAUUCGGUCAUCGACUGUAUGUACCAGGGUGAAUUACAGCAACAGAAAGCGGCUCAAGAAAUCUUAACGACCCUCAAGGAGCAUCCUGAUGCUUGGACAAGGGUAGAUACAAUUUUGGAGUUUUCUCAGAAUCUGCAGACCAAAUACUACGCCUUACAGAUACUCGAAAACGUGAUUAAAUGCAGAUGGAAAGCACUCCCUCGACAACAGUGCGAAGGGAUCCAAAAGUAUAUUGUUGGCUUGAUCAUAAAACACUCAUCAACAGCAGAGAGCUUAGAAAAAGAGAGAGUGUACAUUGGAAAGUUGAACAUGAUUUUGGUCCAGAUUCUGAAAUACGAAUGGCCGAAGAACUGGCCAUCUUUCAUAUCUGAUAUUGUGAUGUCUAGUCGGACAAAUGAGUAUCUCUGUCAAAACAAUAUGGUCAUUUUGAAGCUUCUUAGCGAAGAGGUUUUUGACUUUAGCAUAGGAGCGAUGACACAAAUGAAAGCCAAACACCUCAAAGACAGCAUGUGCGCUGAAUUUGGACAAAUAUUCCAGCUCUGCCAGUUUGUUCUAGAAAAUUCCAGUACGGUGUCUCUGAUCGAUGCUACUUUAAAUACAUUGCUAAAAUUUUUGAAUUGGAUACCAUUGGGAUACAUUUUUGAGACGAACUUAAUCUCGACCCUAAUUUACAAGUAUUUCCUAGUGCCAGAGUUCAGAAAUGUCACGCUGAAGUGUCUCACUGAGAUAGCAGGAAUUAACGUGAAGGAGCAAUACGACCAGCAAUUCAUUGCGCUUUUCAACCUAACGGUUUCGCAACUGAAAGAAAUCCUGCCGCCCUCGAUCAACCUGAAAGAAGGCUAUGCGAAGGGAAAGGACGAAGAACAGCAGUUCAUUCAGAACCUUAGUUUGUUCCUCAGUACCUUCCUGAAAGAACAUGGACAGCUUGUUGAGAAAAAAGAUAAAUGCAAAGAACACUUGUCGGCGGCUUUGAAAUAUUUAGUCGAGUGCUCGACAGUCGAUGAUACGGAGAUUUUCAAAAUUUGUCUGGAGUAUUGGUUCUCGCUGACGUGCGAACUGUACCGAGAGAAUCCCUUUCCAACUGGAGCCAGUCCGGUUUUCGCUAUGGGAGACUACCACCCAAUGAGAAGGAAUUUCUACUCGGAUAUUUUGACCGCUGUGCGGUAUAUCAUGAUCAGCAAGAUGGCCAAACCAGAAGAGGUUUUAGUGGUAGAGAACGAUCAAGGGGAGCUUGUCAGAGAGUUCAUGAAGGACACGGACUCGAUUAACCUUUACAAGUCGAUGCGAGAGACUCUCGUAUACUUGACCCACUUGGAUGUGAUGGACACUGAGCGAAUACUGACGGAGAAGUUGGGCAAACAGGUGGACGGUACUGAGUGGAGCUGGAAGAACCUGAACACUCUCUGCUGGGCUAUUGGGUCCAUCAGUGGCGCCAUGCACGAGGAGGAUGAGAAGCGUUUCCUCGUCAUCGUCAUCAAAGAUCUUCUUGGUCUGUGUGAGCAGAAGCGAGGCAAAGACAACAAGGCGGUCGUGGCCACGAAUAUCAUGUACAUAGUGGGCCAAUACCCUAGAUUCCUGAGAGCCCACUGGAAGUUCCUGCGCACAGUCGUUAACAAACUGUUUGAGUUCAUGCACGAGACUCACGAGGGAGUGCAGGACAUGGCAUGCGACACACUCAUCAAAAUCGCUCACAAGUGUAGACGACAUUUUGUCCAG